CUGCCCUUCUGGGCUGCGGAUGCAGUGAAUGGCUGGGAGAUUGGCACAGCCGCCUGCAAGAUCACUUCAGCUCUCUACACCACUAACUUCAGCUGUAGCAUGCUGCUGCUGGCCUGCAUUAGCAUAGACCGCUAUCGUGCGCUAGACAGAGGCUCCACCACCGCCAAUGCCCCAGCCAGGACCAACGCCCGCAGGCAGAGGAUAAUCAUGUGCCUCCUGGUUUGGGGACUUGCCAUUGUCCUCGGGUUGCCAGAUAUGGUGUUCUACACGGUGAAGAUGCAGCACUCGAGUGGCCGUAACUCCUGCCGGGCAGUUUACCCGCACAGCAUGGCGCGGGCAGCUAAGGCGACUCUGGAAAUUCUGGACGUGUCUCUGAGCUUUCUUCUGCCUUUCCUGGUGAUGAUGUUCUGCUAUUGCAGGGUUGGAAUUGUGUUAAGUCAAGCCGCAACAGCGGGCGUACGUGGUGGAAGGAGAUGGCGGGCGUUUCGGGUUUUGAUAGCAGUAGUAGGUGUGUUUCUGUUGACCCAGCUCCCCUAUAAUGUGGUAAAAUUAGUCAGAGCCCUGGAUGUGAUUUACAUUUUAGUGACGGAAUGUGAGGUGAGCAAAAAUCUGGACCGGGCCAAUCAAAUCACUGAAAGUCUGGCCCUCACGCACUGCUGCCUGAAUCCUGUGCUCUAUGUCUUUAGUGGCUCGUCUUUCAAAAUGCACGUUCUGAAGCUCGCCAAGCGUUGCGGGCAGACAGGAAGAGGGUACCGCCAUGGCAAUGAACAGCCCACCGUCGAGAUCUCCCUUAAGUCGGGCAAACAAACUCAAACUCACUCUUCAUCGGACAAUGAAGACACGAGUACGUUCACCAUAUGACACAGCAAUAUCUUCAGCAAUGAGGACUGCCAACUAUAUUCCA